AUGGAACCAAGUCCACAGGCCGAGCAGUCAAUUCAGGCCGAUCAACCCAUGCUGGUUGAUGAGGUCGCUACUGUUGCUGAGGCUUCGGCAGCGGACACCGACAUCCCUGCCCAGCCCGAGGCGUCGAGCUCCCGAACCCCACACCCACGCAAGGGCAAGGACGACGAGCCGCAGGAGCCGCUGGAGGAUGUCCUCCGCCGGCGGACAACCAUCAUUCAGGAGGGCGACAACGUCUUGCUCCGCCUUCCCAGCGACACCGUCAAGGCUGUCGUCGCUUCCAAGGACGGACUCGUGCAGCUGGGGAAAUUUGGCGCCUUCCCUGCCAAAUACCUCGUCGGAUUGCACUACGACAUUACCUACGAAAUAGUUCCUAAUCCCGACGCACCCGCGGCUACAGACGUGGCGGAUGUCAUGGAGGAGGCGGUGUUCGGGCAGGCCAAGGGAAAGAAGAGCAAGAAGAAGGGGGGAAAGAAGGCGGGCAAGCAGGACACGCCAGGGUUCAAGAAUAUGCUCCGCCCGCUGCGGCCUCGCGGCAUGGUCGACGCCGUCAUUGACGACAUCAAGGAGACGAACGAGUUCAUCGACGACUCGGAGGAGAACCGCGGCGCUCUGCUGUCGCAGGACGAGAUCAACGAGCUCAAGGCGCAAGGUGUGGGCGCGGAGGAGAUGAUCCGGCGGCAGAUGGAGCGGCACGAGCAGUUUGAGCUCAAGACCGACUUCAGCAAGGAGAAGUGGCUCAAGCGGAAAGAGAAGAAGUACCUGCAGACGAUCCACCCGCUCGCGCCAUCUAGCAUCAAUGUCGUGAACCACUACGCACAACGGUCAGCGCAGAGUAUCCUUUUCCUGCGUGAGGACACCCUCUCGCAGCUGCUCAACCUGAGUAAUGUGCGGCCCGGUGGCCGCUACCUGGUGGUGGACGACACGGGCGGUCUUGUUACGGCUGCCCUGGCUGACCGGAUGGGGUGCGAGGGGCGCAUCCUGCUGUUCACCGACGCGGACUCGCCGCCCGCAUGGGGCGUGCUCAACAUCAUGAACUUCAGCGAGCGCGAGCUCGCGUGCAUCAAGUGGCUGAACUGGAUGGAAGCGGACGAGGAAUACGAGCGUCCCGCACCUCCCGGCGAGGAUGGGAUGCCUGCGAUCGCUGAGGCCAAGACUGCGGCCCGGUUGAGACGGCAUAGAGCGCAGGUCGCUGAGCUCAACGCCACUCGUGCAGAGCUCCACGCCGGAGGAUGGGACGGAAUUGUGUUGGCCACAGAAAUGUCGCCUAUCUCGGUCAUCAACCGUCUCACGCGCUACCUCAUGGGCUCGGGGACCCUCACUGUCUACUCGCCGUUCCAGCAAGUUCUCGCCGAGUCCCUCCAGCACCUGCGCCGGAACCAACAUUACCUCGCGACGCAGCUCACCGAGUCGUGGUCGCGCACUUACCAGGUGCUCCCGGGACGCACGCAUCCCCUCAUGACGACGAGUGCGAUGAGCGGAUACCUCCUCCACGCGACGCGAGUCAUUCCGUCAUCGUUCGUGCCCGAGAGCCACCAGCGGCAUCUCAAGCGGCGCAAAAAGGCCAACGGAGCCGCUGAGGGAACGGGCGAGGCCGAGGUUGACGAGUAG